AAUCAUUCAAAUGUAUGAUGUGCGCCCUCCCAGUGCAUGCACUUUUCGUCAAGCAAGUGGAACAUAGCGGAACCUCUGUCCUCUACACCCUGCGUUGAAGCUGACAGACGGAAGUAUAUGUACGACGGACAAGCAUGGGUACCCGAGUUGCUGCGCGUCAGGUUUUUCGGUGGACUGUGAGACAUGUCACGUCCUCUAUAUUCAGUCCACUUCAGUUUGGGAGAUGCCACCUCCAGCCUCUAUGCAUCGGGUGUAGAUUGUUCCGUUCCUCCACCAGCCAGAGUACUCUGCAGUCAAUGCAACACAACCAUGAACUCAGUCCUCUAUCCAGGAAGCCAGUCACAGAGCUGUCCCUACACUCUUUAGUUGAUAUGGGAUUCACAGACACCCAGGCAGAGCAGAUAUAUGAUGCCGUGUCCAAAGUCAGAGGAGGAAGUGCUGCCAAACAUGCUUUGUCAUCUCUCACGGUGCUGUUUGUCCUGGGCCUCAAUCCUUCCAGUGUGCUGAAACUGCUGGAGAAAUGUCCUGAACUUUACACUGUCAAGGAAUCGCAGCUUCAGCAGCGCGUAGGCAACCUGCGGAAACUAGGUUUAGUUGAAGGCAGUCUUCAGAGAGUGGUGGCCCACUACCCUCAGAUCCUGACUGUGCCUGUGAAGACAAUAAAAAAUGCAGUGGUGUUCCUCAGAGAGAAGUGCCUGUUUACUGUCCAGCAGGUGACAGACAUCCUCAGAGAUAGUCCGGCCAUAGUACUGGAAAACAUGGGUCAGCUGGAGUACAAGUUUCAGUAUGUCUACUUCCGAAUGGGUGUCAAACAGGCAGAGAUGGUGAAGUCCAGGUUGUUCCGUUUCACUCUGGACGAAGUGCGCCAUCGACACUCUUUUCUGGAGCGCAGGGGCCUGUAUCAAACCCCAGACAAGAAAGGACAGACGAUCAUCAUCAACCCCAAACUGGACAGCAUCCUUAACAUUGACCAGGACACCUUCCUCACACAUGUUGCCUUGGCAUCAGCAGAGGAAUAUGAUGUAUUUAAGAGACUGAUGGCAAGAGAAUGGCAGGAACAGGAGCAGCAGCAGGGCAGCAUUGAAGCUGACAGUGAUGAUGAUGAUGAGGAGGAGGAGGAGGAGGAGGAGGAGGAAGAAGAUGAUGAGGAUGAGAAGACUGGAGGAAAAAGUGGAUACAGGAAGAGGAGAAAGAAAUGACAGUGGGGGAGGGACUGCGAACUUAAAAUAGUUUAAAGAGGAAAUUACAUGUCUGAUGGGGACAAAUGAACCAAUAAAAUGUUUGUUGAACUCA